UCCCCCCCCCUCCCCACCGGCCGCGCCGUCGUUCUCGCGAGACUCAGCGCGCGCACCCCGGAAGCGGCGGCGGCGUCACCCGGAAGCGGCGGCGGAACCCGGAAGCGGCGGCGGGCAGGAUGGACGGUACCGGGGGGUUGGGCGACACGCUCUUCCAGCUGAAGUUCACAGCCAAGCAGCUGGAGAAGCUCUCCAAGAAAGCCGAGAAGGACUCCAAGGCCGAGCAGGCCAAAGUGAAGAAGGCGCUGCAGCAGAAGAACGUGGAGUGUGCGCGGGUCUAUGCCGAGAACGCCAUCCGCAAGAAGAACGAGGGGCUCAACUGGCUGCGCAUGGCCUCCCGCGUGGACGCCGUGGCCUCCAAGGUGCAGACAGCCGUCACCAUGAAGGGGGUGACGAAAAACAUGGCUCAGGUGACCAAGGCCCUGGACAAGGCCCUGAGCUCCAUGGACCUGCAGAAGGUGUCGGCAGUGAUGGAUAAAUUCGAGCAGCAAGUGCAGAAUUUGGACGUUCACACCUCGGUCAUGGAGGACUCCAUGAGCUCGGCCACCACGCUGAGCACGCCGCAGGAGCAGGUGGACAGCCUGAUCGUCCAGAUCGCCGAGGAGAACGGGCUGGAGAUCAUGGACCAGCUGAGCCAGCUGCCCGAGGGGGCCUCGGCCGUGGGGGAGAGCUCCGUGCGCUCCCAGGAGGACCAGCUGUCCCGGAGGCUGGCUGCCCUGCGGAACUGAGCCCUCCCUGGGCCUGUGGAUGGCACUGCUGGAGCGGGGCCCCCUCCUGCAGCACCCCCCCACCUCAGGACUCUUCUCGGGGGGUGACAGCCCUUCCCUGAGCAGGCGGCGAUCCCGGUGGGAAUGUGGGAAUCCCGUGCUGGAUUUUGGGGGGGGCUUCGUCGGGGGGUGCUGCCGGUGGCGCCUGGCCGAGCCCCACAUCCCGCUGCUGACGGAACACUAAGGGGAUUUCCCUGCUCUCGGGGUGCUGCUCCCCAGCUCCUCUGUUGUUCCCUGUCCCUGCCCAGAGCUGAGCUGUGGGCCGAGUUCCUCAGGAGCUGGUUGGGAGGAGCAGGAGAACCCGCGGGGGCCCCCAUCUCCGGGAAGGGCCCAGUGCCCGGCUGUGGAGCUGGGGAGGUCGGUGCCUUGCAGGAAGGGGUGGUGACAGCGGGGUGUCCCCUCCCUGGCUGUCACCAUCCCUGUGCCCUCUGCUGCUCCGUGUCCCGCCGGGCCGACACCCCCCAGCCCCGUACCACGAAGUGCCCUUUGGAACACCCUCCCCUGCCCAGCCCCGUGCGUGUCAAUCCACAGAUUCCCCAGGCACUGCCAGCUGGAAAUGGUUGUCCCGGCCCUGACUGCCAGUUUGGACCAGUGAGGACCCAUGUCCGACACUGGGAGCGGAUUGCAGCAGCUGUGGUGGCUGCAGACACGUCCCCAAAUGUCCCCCUGCUGGGUGGGUGUGACAGGGAAUGCAGAACCAUCCCGGGAGCAGCUCUGCCUCGAUCCCUGUGCCUCAUCCCUGGAUAGCCUCUGUCCCCUCGCUGCUGGCACCGGGCCAGGGGCAGGAGCUGCUCUCCGUGUGUCCCCUCUCCCUGUCCCUUGUCACCUUCCCCUGGGGCUGGAGCUGUUUGUGCCCCUCCCACGGCACCGCGGAGCUGCUGGGUUGCUGGAAGCUCUCCAGGAAGGAAACGCUGUUUCCUUCGGGUCUCCCAGGAGGAACUGUCACCUCUGGGGGAUGUCAUGGGGGCCACUUCCCGCUGCGUUGAUUGUUUUCCCUGAGUUCCGUGGCCUUGGAGCGUGUGGCUGGUGACACAGAGCCUUCCUCGCCACCGAGGAGGAGGAGGAGGAGGUGGCUUUGGGCUACAGCAGAGCACUGGAUCUUGUCCCACCUCCUGGUGGGCCAGGCGGGAAGCUGGGGGACCCUGGAGAUUUGUGCCUGGCUCCUGGCUCCCUGCACGGUGUCCCCGCAGCACUGGGGGCUCCAGAGCUGCCCCCGUCCCUCUCCCCGGGCUGUCUCUCUGUGUUUUCUUUGGUGUUUUUUUUUUUAAGCUUGUCUUACUUGCCUUCUUUUUUUUGCCCAAACCGUGUCCAUGCCCUUCUGUGGGUUGAAAUAAACAAUCUCUGAACACCCCA